ACGGACAAGGAAACUAUGAUGUGAUUCCUUGGGGAGAAUUAGUAUAACACGAACGCGUAUAACACGCCCUGGUUACCCCAAUUAACCCUUUCAGUUCAAGCCAGGCAGUAUAUUUUGACAAUGAAGGUUUAAGUAUAAUUGCGUAGUUUUGGAUGUGGGAAGACAGGAGUGCAGGAGAAACCAGGGGGAAGAGGGGUAAUAACUAAUAUAUAGAAAUUAGAAGGAGGGAAGAUCUAUCCAGCUGUGGGAACUAUAGGGAAGGCACAGGCAGGAGUGAUGGAAGGAGCCAGGCAGUGAGUGUAAGAGUGGAGCAGAGCUAGUGGUUGGGCAGUGUCUUUGCAAUACCAGUGCUCUCCCCUCCCCAUCAUUACACUAGACUGUGUGUAUGUGUGUGUGUGAGUGUGCGCAGGAGAACAGCUUGCAUUUCUCUCUCCAUCCAACUAGCGCUGCCCUCCACUGAGAGACACAGAGAAAGGAGACACAGGACAGAGAUCUCGUACUCAUCAGCCUCACUGAUGCCCUUUCCGUAACCCCAUCCCUACCAGCUAGCCCCCUGCCUCUUUGCGAAGGAGCUUCUCCCCCAGCACAACGAUAAGGCCGGCUGGAUUUAUCUCUCUCUCACUGACAUUCUCACACUGAUUGCACGGAAGAGAACCAACCGCUGUGGCUGCGAAUGAGAUCCCAGCUUUUCCUUGCAGCCAAGCAGCAAAUCUAACGCGGAAUGAGGAAGGCGACCUCCUUACCCUCAGCUGGGCUCUAGAUACACAUUUCUGCCCGAGAGGGGCCGAUAUUAACGGUGAUUCCAUGGGAAGGAUCCAGCCUCUGCCUUUAUUUUCUUGGGAAGGGAAGGAAUAAGCUGGAGACCGAGCAGCAACAAGCAGGGGCCUUUAAUACUGACAAAGGAGUGAAGGAGCCGCUUACAGUGCAGGCUCCCACUGGAAUAUGGCGGACACAGAGGAGGCUUAUGGGAUGCCUGAUACCCCUGUGGAACCAGAGCCCAAAGAGCUACAGUGUGAGCCUAAACAGGACAAUCAGAUGGGGGCCAGCAGCAAGACCCCUACUUCUCCUCAGGCUGCAUUUACCCAGCAGGUAAGAGAGGGAAUGGAAGGCAUUAAGGUGUUUUUGCAUGAGAGAGAACUGUGGCUGAAAUUUCACGAAGUUGGCACAGAAAUGAUUAUUACUAAGGCUGGAAGACGCAUGUUCCCUAGUUACAAAGUGAAGGUUACUGGCCUGAACCCGAAAACCAAGUACAUCCUUCUCAUGGAUAUUGUGCCUGCAGAUGACCACAGAUACAAGUUUGCUGAUAACAAAUGGUCAGUCACGGGCAAGGCUGAACCUGCUAUGCCAGGGCGGUUGUAUGUUCAUCCAGACUCACCAGCCACAGGCGCACACUGGAUGAGGCAGCUAGUAUCCUUCCAGAAGUUGAAGCUCACAAACAACCAUCUGGAUCCAUUUGGACAUAUCAUCCUGAAUUCAAUGCACAAGUACCAGCCACGGCUCCACAUUGUUAAGGCAGAUGAGAACAAUGGUUUUGGGUCGAAGAAUACAGCUUUCUGCACACACGUAUUUUCUGAGACAGCUUUUAUUGCCGUCACUUCAUAUCAGAACCACAAGAUCACGCAGUUAAAGAUAGAGAACAAUCCAUUUGCUAAAGGAUUUCGGGGAAGUGAUGACAUGGAGCUACACCGAAUGUCCAGGAUGCAGAGCAAAGAGUACCCAGUGGUCCCAAGGAGCACAGUCCGUCAGAAGGUGUCAUCUAACCACAGCCCAUUCUCUCAAGAAACACGCAAUAUUACAGGAUCCUCCACCCUAAAUUCCCAGUACCAGUGUGAGAAUGGGGUCAGUAGCACCUCCCAGGAUCUGCUGCCAACUUCCAAUGCAUAUCCUUCCCUGCCCCAUGAGUCUGGACCCAUAUAUCACUGCACAAAGAGAAAAGCAAGUGAAGAGCCAGCUGAGCAUUCCUACAAGAAACCUUACAUGGACACAUCGCCAAGUGAAGAGGACCCUUACUAUCGUUCUGGAUACCCGCAACCUUCAUCCUCUUCUUCCUCUACCACCUCCUUCCGCACAGAGUCUGCCCAACGACAGGCCUGCAUGUAUGCCAGUUCAGCACCUGCCACAGAGCCUGUACCAUCCUUAGAGGACAUAUCUUGCAACAGCUGGUCUAGUGUGCCCUCUUACAGCAGCUGCACAGUGGGUGGAGGAAUGCAGCCCAUGGAGCGCCUCCCAUAUCAGCACUUCUCUGCUCACUUCACCUCUAGUUCCCUCAUGCCCAGACUAAGUAAUCAUGCAGGUACACAGCCAAGUGAUUCUCACUCCAUGUUCCAACAUCAGUCUUCUCACCAAGCAAUUGUAAGGCAAUGCAAUCCUCAGUCUGGGUUACAACAAUCAUCAGCUCUUCAACCCACGGAAUUCUUGUACCCACACAGUGUUCCUCGGACCAUUUCACCACACCAGUACCACUCUGUGCAUGGGGUAAGUAUGGUCCCAGACUGGAACGAAAACAGCUAACGGGACAGAAACUAUGUCAUUGUUGAAAGACCAAUAUGCUGGUUAGAGAGCCACUGAAUGUGGACAUAGGUUGGAAGGUGCAAGAAUUUGUAUACUGGAAACUUAUUUCUUGAUAACCUCAAAACGAUUGAUCCACUUUCUUCCUAAACUCUCUUGCUUUGUGAUCCUGCAUCGAAUGAUGAAGGACACAAGGUUGGUAACUGUUCCUAAAAGGAUUCGCACUCAAAAAACACAGACCUCUCAAAACCUGUAGCUUUGCACUUCAUGCAGUGGGCUAACACUAUAUUGUGGCCUCCUUGUGGAAGGACAAAUAAAGCAAAAAGGAGGAGGAAAAGAUGCACUUAAUGUAAGCACCUACACAGUUCUGGUGUUUGCAGUGUAUUACACAGUGUGUUGUAAGAGAAUGGAACAGUCUAUGUAAAAUCAAUGAUGAUGCUGUGUUUUUUGUCAAGGAGGACGUGGAAAGGUUGCUCUGGAGAGGAGCAGAGCUUGUAGUUAGAUUCCUAUACUUCAGCAAGUCUUCAGGAGUUGGGUACCCUUUAGGAAAGAGACCGAUACAAAUGGAUAUUAAAUGUUCAUUGGAAAUCAGUUACUAUAAAAGUGUACUCAGAAUAUAAAAUGGGAGGAAAACAGAUUAAUGCAUCAGUGAUCUGUACUGUUUAAUGAUGAUGGUUGCAGAGACCUCUACUUCAGUUUACCAUAAAACAACAAAUACAACCAUUUCAGUAUUUGAUGCAUGACAGCUUAUAUUAUUGGAAUGUUGUGGUUAUUUGUUGUGUCGCUUUUUUUUGUUUAAAUGUAGGGCCAUUUAAAUUGGAAAAAGAUUACAGUUCCACAUAGCUCUGUUGCUAAUUCACUCAAAAAGAAUAUUUCAUUUCAGUCAAAGACAUUGGCUAUUAUCUACUGUGUACCAAGAUCAUCAAGAACAUAUGGCAAUUGUACACAUCAUGGCAGUAUACUUUCUCUUCUGCCACAUAAGUAAUUUCAUGCCAGAUACAAUGUAUUUGACAAAGAAACUAAUUUAAUUGAACCAUGGUUCCAAGUAAAAUCUUCCUUCCCACAAUUGCCCUUUUUUGUAAUAAAACCUGUAAGUUAUUUUUAAUUAUUACUUUGUGACCCAGUUGUUAAAUAUCUAUGAUCCUUGGCUAAAUAUUUGGGAGGUCAACACUUGAUCAACUGCAGCCAUCCUACAACAGGCCUGAGCAAUAGAUCUAUCCUGCACCUCACCUCCACAUAAAACAGAGUGCUUGGUUUGUCGAAUAUUGUGUCAUUGACCUUGUUAUAUAAUAAAAGAUAAUAUAUUUUUGUUUUG